GGCCCGGAGCCUUUCUGGGGCCUGGGGGAUCCUCUUGCACUGGUGGGUGGAGAGAAGUGCCUGCAGCCAACCAGGCUCAGGCUGUGCUCACAGUUUCCUCUGGCGGCAUGUAAAGGCUCCACAAAGGAGUUGGGAGUUCAAAUGAGGCUGCUGCAGACGGCCUGAGGAUGGACCAGAAGCCCUGAGCCGUGCUGCCCGAGUCCCCGGACCUGCAGAGCAUGACACUGAUCCAGCUGCCCGCCCUGGCUAUGAGGGAAAGCAGAUUGUGAGCAGCCCAGCAGGACCCCCAGCCAGCCCUUGCCCCAUCCUCGACUGGAGCCCUGCUGUGGAGGCAGAGCCAGUGAGGCCAGUGAAGCAGGGCUGCUUGGCAGCAGGUCUGGCCUGUGACUUGGGGACCCCUCCUGGAGGCCAUGGACAGGCUGUACUGCUGAUGGCCAAGGUGAAGCAUGUGAGGAGCUGCCCUGGGAGCCAAGCAGGAGGAAGAGGCUUUCAUAGAUUCUAUUCAUAAAGAAUAGCCACCAUUUUGCAAGGACCAUGAGGCCACUGUGCAUGACGUGCUGGUGGCUGGGACUGCUGGCUGCCAUGGGAGCUGCUGCAGGCCAGGAGGAUGGUUUUGAGGGCACCGAGGAGGGCUCGCCAAGAGAGUUCAUUUACCUAAACAGGUACAAGCGGGCGAGUGAGUCUGCGGACAAGUGCACCUACACCUUCAUCGUACCCCAGCAACGGGUCACAGGUGCCAUCUGUGUCAACUCCAAGGAACCCGAGGUGCUCCUGGAGAACCGAGUACACAAGCAGGAGCUAGAGCUGCUCAACAAUGAGCUGCUCAAGCAGAAGCGGCAGAUUGAGACGCUUCAGCAGCUGGUGGAGGUGGAUGGUGGCAUUGUGAGCGAGGUGAAGCUGCUGCGCAAGGAGAGCCGCAACAUGAACUCGCGGGUCACACAGCUCUACAUGCAGCUCCUGCAUGAGAUCAUCCGCAAGCGGGACAACGCGCUGGAACUCUCCCAGUUGGAGAACAGGAUCCUUAACCAGACGGCCGACAUGCUGCAGCUGGCCAGCAAGUACAAGGACCUGGAGCACAAGUACCAGCACCUGGCCACGCUGGCCCACAACCAAUCAGAGAUCAUCGCGCAGCUCGAGGAGCACUGCCAGCGGGUGCCUGCAGCCAGGCCUGUCCCCCAGCCGCCCCCUGCCUCCCCACCCCGGGUCUACCAGCCACCCACCUAUAACCGCAUCAUCAACCAGAUCUCCACCAAUGAGAUCCAGAGUGACCAGAACUUGAAGGUGCUGCCACCACCUCUGCCCACCAUGCCUACCCUCACCAGCCUCCCAUCCUCCACAGACAAGCCAUCGGGCCCAUGGAGAGACUGCCUGCAGGCCCUGGAAGAUGGCCAUGAUACCAGCUCCAUCUACCUGGUGAAGCCAGAGAACACCAACCGCCUCAUGCAAGUGUGGUGCGACCAAAGACAUGACCCCGGUGGCUGGACUGUCAUCCAGAGGCGCCUGGAUGGCUCUGUCAACUUCUUCAGGAACUGGGAGACAUACAAGCAAGGGUUUGGCAACAUUGAUGGCGAGUACUGGCUGGGCCUGGAAAACAUUUACUGGCUGACAAACCAAGGCAACUACAAACUGCUGGUGACCAUGGAGGACUGGUCUGGCCGCAAGGUCUUUGCAGAAUAUGCCAGUUUCCGCCUGGAGCCUGAGAGCGAGUAUUACAAGCUGCGGCUGGGGCGUUACCAUGGCAACGCAGGCGACUCUUUCACCUGGCACAAUGGCAAGCAGUUCACCACCCUGGACAGAGACCAUGAUGUCUACACAGGAAACUGUGCCCACUACCAGAAGGGAGGCUGGUGGUAUAAUGCCUGCGCCCACUCCAACCUCAACGGGGUCUGGUACCGAGGGGGCCAUUACCGGAGCCGCUACCAGGAUGGAGUCUACUGGGCUGAAUUCCGAGGAGGCUCCUACUCGCUUAAGAAAGUGGUGAUGAUGAUCCGGCCCAACCCCAACACUUUCCACUAAGCCAGCUCCCGCUCCUGACCUCUUGUGGCCAUGGCCAAGAACCCACCUGGCCAUACUGGUCCAGCACAAUCAUCGCCAGUUCAUCUUGGGGCUGGGAGGACAGGGAUGCUGGAUUCUGUUUUCCCAGGCCACCGAGGCAGAUAAUGGAACUGAACUGAUAGGGUUUUCUGUUCCUCCUACUUUUCUUCAUACCAGACAGCCCCUCGUGUUUCCAGGACAGGACUGAAGAUAACUCUUUCUUUUUCAGUAAAUAAAGUCUCAACAAUAAAAACACACCUGCAAAAUACCUUCAUAAUAGACAUGUGUAUGAGCCUCCCUUGUGCACUUAUGUGUAUAUCACAUAUAUAUGCAUUUAGAUAUAUAUCACGUGAUAUAUCUAGAUACAUAUAUAAGUUCACCUUAUAUACCUAAAUACACAUAUAUUCAAUUCUCAAAUGUUGAAGCUGUUACCAACAGCUUUGCUCGUAGGAGAAAGGUGUUUCAUUAAUGCUGUGUUACUUGAGUCUAAGGGCAGAUUGCAGACCGUGUAGCCUCAAUUCAAAGAAUAAUACUUGGCAUCUGUGUGCCUGGAUUCUUCCAGGAAUGUCUACAAUGCUAAUCUCUCACACAGAGGUUCCCAGCUUCCUUGCUUAAGAACCCCUUUGGGCACCUCAUCAAAUUUCAAAAUCCCUCUCCCUCUCCAUUUUUAUACCUUCCCCCAUUCUCAGGACUUCUCACCAUGCAGCCACCCACUUAUUCACUCAUCAGCAUUCAUUAAGUGCCUUCUGUGUAUCUGGGCCCCGGCCUCUCACUGCAGUUCAAAGCACCUACUCUGCCCCUUGCCUACCACUCCUUUCCUUUUCUGUUGCACCAAACUGUCUAGGCAAGAUUCCUCAGCCUCUGAGUAGGAAACAGUCUGGGCUCCAGGUUUCUGGUCAGGAAAGGGAAGGCCAGGCCAAAAACUACACUGGCCAUAUAGGUAAUGUAUUUGCAGUUUUGUAUCUUCCAUUCAUACUUUAGCCUACAUGUCAUUUUAACUUUCACACAAAUAAUAAUCUACAUUAUCAGGAGAUAUUCAAUUGAAGAGAAGUCAUCAUCAGAUAGUCAGGGCCCCCAAAUGGAUACAAACCAAAGGUCCCAUGCUCUAGGGCCAACUAGGGUCUGCAUCUCAUCCCCAAACUACACUUCCCUGGAGAGCAGGGGCCACAACAUGAGAGCAGGUGCCACAACAUGAGAACUGGCCACUUCUCGUGAGUUACUGAAUAAUCAGGGGCCACUGCAACCCUUGGUUGGUGCAUUACAGCAUGGUGGCUUUGAGUCCUAUUGACCACACAGUGUCAGACUCAGUACCAUCAGGACUGCUGCCAAGCAAGGAGCAAGAGAUGAAUCAAGAAGGAGUGACAUUCCCCGGUGGGCACAUGGGUCCGGGUGUGCGAGAUGUUGGACGUUUGGUACUGUCCAUGUCUGGGUGCGUGCCUAUUACCUCAGCAUUUCUCACAAAGUGUACCAUGUAGCACGUUUUAUGUAAAUAAAAGGGAGGGUGUUUUUUUUUUAAUAUAUUCCCAGAUUAUCCUUGUAAUGACACAAAUCUGCAAUAAAAGCCA